AUGUUGGAUGAUUCAGCAGCCGAUGAUGAUGAUUUUGACAUGUUAGUGGCUGCUGUGAUUGUGGACUCCUUUGCUAAUGACGAGAAGAAACACGGUGGCUGUGUCGAAGGCCAUAGAGUUCUCCACCGUGAUAGAGAAGCGGGCCAUGAGAGGCUGUUUCAAGAUUAUAUGGCUGAGAAUCCAACAUAUGGCCCUGAAAUAUUUCGUCGAAGGUAUAGGAUGUCUAGAGAUCUUUUCAAGCGCAUCAUGAAUAAAGUUGAAGCACACGAUCCGUAUUUUCAGCAGAAAAGGAGUGCGGCUAAUGUACUUGGAUUGAGUUGCCUGCAAAAAGUCACCGCAGCCAUGCGUAUGCUCACGUAUGGCGUUCCCGCUGAUGCGACAGAUGAGUAUGUUCGCAUUGGUGAAAGUACUGCAAUAGAGAGUUUACGGAAGUUUGUUAUUGCAAUUGAUGAAAUAUUUGGAGACGAAUACCUCAGACAUCCCAAUGAGAAGGACACUGCACGCUUACUUGCAAUGGGUGAGAAACAAGGUUUUCCAGGGAUGCUAGGGUCUAUAGAUUGUAUGCAUUGGGUAUGGAAGAACUAUCCAUACGAGAAGCAGGGUCAGUACAAGGGGAAAGAGGAGAAGCCUACUAUCGUUUUAGAGGCUGUUGCUUCGGAUGACCUCUGGAUAUGGCACACCUUUUUUGGAAUGCCCGGCUCUCAUAAUGAUAUCAAUGUUCUUAACAGGUCUCCUUUGUUUGAUAACUUGGCAGAAGGAAAAGCGCCAGAAGUCAAUUUUUCUGUUAAUGGCCAUAAUUAUGUAAUGGGCUAUUAUCUAGCGGAUGGCAUAUACCCCACAUGGGCUACUUUAGUCAAGUCAAUCACUAAACCUAUGGGAAACAAGAGACAAUAUUUUGCUAAAGCUCAAGAAGCAGCCAGGAAGAUGGUCGAGAGAGCUUUUGGGGUUCUUCAAUCUAGGUUUGCAAUUGUUCGAGGGGCAGCUCGCUUUUGGGACGUAGAGACAUUAACAAGGAUCAUGAGAGCUUGUGUCAUCAUGCACAACAUGAUUGUGGAAGAUGAAGGUUUUGUUGUCGACCCAAAUGAGCAUUUUGAUUACGGUGGUGAAAAUGUACAACCCGAGCAUGACACGGCCUUCAUCCUCUUUUUUUGGUACGGUUUCUUCACCUUCAACUUCUAUGAGAGCAGCGCAAGUUCUAUCAUCUUCGACUUCCACUUGUCUUCCCCCUUCAAUAUCUUCCAACAGUGA